AAGUAAACACAAGAUUUAUUCAUUCAAUUCAUCUAAAAUAUAUAUCUAGCAGACGUUAAAAUGUAAUGUGUAUUGUGUUUAUCUAGAUAUCUAUAUAAAUAAUUGUUAUGAUAUAAUUAUUAUUUUGUAUUUAGUGAGAGGAUUAAUUCCAAAUAACCAGGCAAGGUAAAGGUUGCAAUAACAUGUAAUAAAAAAGAUGGAGGUACAUCUACUGGCGAAACUCGAUCUGGAGGGACGGUUAGAGAGUGUGCAGUCAAGUUGUACUCAAUCCUCGCCGCAAAGUAGUCCGGUGUUGCCGUUCGCCGGACAAAAUGGCGGGCACUUUCAACAAUCAGCCAAUACCUUUCCACGGUCGGAGAAAUUGGUACCAUAUGUUGAAAAGAAAGAUCUUGUUUACAGGCUGGACGCUAAAGUAGACGAAAUGGGUCUUAUUAUUACACAAAUGGCGGAACUUAAUAAAAGAGUGAAGGUCCAAGAGAAAUUGAUUGCUGAGUAUGAAGGAAAACUAAAAGAAAACAAGAAAACGAUAGCGGCAUUACGAAAAGAGAAUGAGGAACUUAAGAAAAAGACACACGGAUCAGUACGAACAUCACUUUCAGUACCAGCCAGUUCAAAUGCUACAAUGUCAAAGCAACCACACACUGCUAGACCUUUGUCAUGGCCAUUAGAAAAUCCAACUUUAAAUAAAUAUAAUAAAAAUCAAGAAGUAGAGACCGACAAGGAUAUGUUUGCGCGAAAUAACUUUGACGAAACUGACAACGAAACAUCGGAAAGCGAUAACAAUUUAGAUGACGUUUUAGGAAUUGUUCAUAACGGUUCAAGGCCUUUAACUUUAACUGUUGCAUAUGACAAUAAUAACCCGUCAGUCGCCGGCCCGGAAAGUGACGAGCAGUUUAGUCUUCGUUGCCGAGAGGCAUCUGAUUACAGAGGGUAUUCAUAUGUGAAAAAACAGCAUCAAUUAUGCACUCGUCAUAGACAAGGUUUCGUCGAAACUAUGGAAUUUAAAAAGACAUCUGUUAAGGAAACGAAUAGCAAAAGCUGUGCAAUAGGUACUCUUGAUAAAGAUGGUUAUUUGGUUAUGAAUCGUGCUCAUGAUGGAAUAUUUGACAAUACGGACUCUUUUAACAGUUUUUGCCUAGAAAUGGACGAACAUGAUAAUUUUAGAAACCGAAGCACCAAUGGUGAUUGCAAAGUCUGUGCUGAAAACGAGGCAAUCCAUUCUACCUGGACUGACGUUAAAAACGGAAAUUUCAUAACCAGAGAAGAUGACACAAAUGAUGGGUUAGAAGAUGAAAUGUUUGAUCCUUUGCACAGUAAUCAUGGUUAUGCAUCGAUUCCGUCAGAACACGUGCCAGAACAUGUUGACCGACCUCCUAUCCCUAACCCUCGACCUUCUCGACUCCAACGCUCGAAUACGUCCGAAUCGAUCGAUGUUAGAUGUACAAUGUCUCAAACAUUACCAAACGAUCCCAACAAGGGUCCAACAGGCCGUGACCGCAGUUCAUCUUUUCCGAAUGGAUUUCUCCCAUUGAAUCAACCGACUGAUCUGAGAAAAGAUGGGAAACAGAGACAACUUUUAAAAUCUAAAUCUUCUUGUUCAUUUGACAAGUCUCACUACCAGGGAUCUAAACCUGAAUGUGUGACUUCAAAGUCUGAUAGAAGAUCACUUGGUAAUGAGAUGAAAAAGGAUGAUGACUUAAAUAAAGUGCUCAAAGACAUGCGAACUACGAUGGAAUGGAACAAAGCCAAAAAGAAACUAAUUUCAAGAUCGCAUCAUAAUACUGUAGAUAAUGUAGAAAUGAAACUACGAUCUACUGUUCAGGCUGUGUAUGGGGCAUACACAACUUUGUAUGGUGAACAAGGGUCAAGGUCAAAGAAAUUCUCAACGGAAAAAGUUUUAAAGAAAAUGAAGGAAAAAAUUGGGAAGCCUGAUUUAGAUGACCAACAGUGUGAUGAAUUCUUCAGGAAAUGUUUGGAUCUUGUACAUCGAACUGUUCAUUUGGCUAAAACGCCAUAGAGAGUGCAAUUUUCGUGUUGUUUCAUACAUAUGAUGGUAAUGAUGACAUAUUUCAUGACGUCAGUGAUAUUUGUAAUUACGUGUUUAGUUACAUCAUUCAUAGCCAAAAUUGGUGCUCAAAGAUGCUCAUGUAGUUACACGUCCAUAUGGAAUAUUUCUGAAAAGACUGUUUGACAUAAGCUUUCAUGGCCAUACAACUUAUUUUUCAGUACAUGUUCAAAUAAACGGUUUGUAAGGUACAUGGAAGGAUAUUCAUGAAAAACCUAUAGAGGACUCAUGUUGAGUGAUGGUGUAUCAUCAAAGUGCCAUAUUAAUAUUGAGAAUGAAAGCAGAAUAAAUGAUGCAAAAUGCCAGGAUAUGAAAAAACAGUAACCGAUAUUUUUUAAAGUCACUUUUAUAAAGUGCGUAUGAAGAUAUACUGUCAUGACGACCGGAAGCAGGCAAAACACCCGUGUCUAAAAUGGUCAGUGUGCAUAUGCUAAUACUCAAAUUGUUUUAAAAUCAUUAAUCAAUCAUUUUUUAUCUCCUCUGUUAAAUUAAUAUUCAGCAUGAAACAAAGGACUAUUUUUCGUGUAACUUCUUCUGUAUUGUGGGUAGCCAAGAGCAAAUAACUGCGGUCGUGUGCCAGAAAUGAAAUUUUACAUUUUCUUCAGGAAGAGUGUAUUUAAUGCGUAUGCGUGCGCAUGUGUGUGUCAAUUGGAUUUGAUUGUAUUAUUUAUUAUGAUAUGGCACACAAUUUUAAACACCAUACGAAGUUAUUAUUCGUUUGAUAUUAUGAUAAUAAUUUCACUUUCACAUUUUCUGAAGGUGCUUUAUUUUGUUUGUAAAAUUGUGUUUUCAAUUUUAUUAAAAUUUUGUUCCACAGGA